AUGCGCGAUAAAACAAUCAUACGAACUGAAGAAAACGGCAACUGUUCAUAUGCAGGGACAUGUCCCAAUAUACCAACAGAAGCUCUUCUUUCUCUAGGUCCAGAGAACCGUUUUAGCCUCACACCACCAACCAUUCGACUUUUUAUUGGUAAAUAUCGUACAUAUCCAUCUACUUUGGCGUGCGGUACUGAUGAUGAUGCUCUUUCGUUUCAUGCCACAACCAUUCUCAAUUAUCUUCGUGAUGAAUUACAUCAUGACAGUAACAAAGAUUGUGUUACACGAAAAUAUGAUCGAAAAAUAAAAAAACAUUAUGUUCAAUCACGCCUUUGUGACUUAGGUAAUGGUAUUAUGAUUUCUAUGGACUCAUCUUUGAAUGCUGACGUACAAAAUCCAAACAAACUUUUAAGUGAUUAUCCAGACAAUUACUUUCUACUUGUAUCAGAAAUGGAAAUACACUAUUUACCUGAACAUGAUACAUUCGUACAAGAUUUAGCAAGUCAAUUUACCAAAAUGACCAUUUUUACAUCAAAAUCAUGCACUUUACAAAUGGUCUGUAAAAGUCAAUGUGAAUAUUAUUUGAGUGGAAUUAAAAUUAAAAAACCAUUGAUUACUGAUCUUGCUCUUCAUUAUGGUUCUAAUUUUGUAUCAACACAUGACAAAAUUAUCAAAAACUUAAAUACAAAAGAAUCUAAAGGUAUUGUUCUUCUUCAUGGCAUUCCAGGUUCAGGAAAAACACAUUAUAUUCGAUAUUUAAUUCAAGAAAUUCAAGAUAAAACAUUGAUAUAUGUUCCACCAGAUAUGGCAAAAGAAAUUUCAUCACCUGCAUUCCUUCCUUUUCUCAUGGAACAACAAGAUGCUAUUCUUAUCAUUGAAGAUGCAGAAAAUAUUAUUAGAGAUCGAAAUGACUCAUCAACACCAUCUCAAGCAGUUGCUAAUCUUCUUAAUUUAUCUGAUGGUUUGUUAGGUGAUGCAAUGCAUCAACAAAUCAUUGCCACAUUUAAUUGUGACUUAACAACCAUUGAUCCAGCUCUGUUACGCAAAGGAAGAUUAAUUGCUCGUUAUGAAUUUAACAAAUUAGAUGUGGAAAGCUCAAAGAUUCUGUCUGAUAAAUUAGGUUUUGGUAGUGAAAGUAUAAGUGAACCAAUGACUCUUGCAGAGAUCUAUAAUCAAGGUGGCAAUGAAAAAGAAGAACUCAUCGAUUAA